AUUCUAUUCUAUUAAUCUUCUUGCUUUUGUUCUUACUUGUUCAAAUUUCUUGGGGAGACAAAGCUGGGAUAGCAAAUGUCAUAAGUAGAAUAGUUGUGGGACAUUUUAAUCCUCAACAUGCUUUGUUUUCUCCAUUUAAACCUCAACAAACUUCGAGUUGCUUCUCAGAUUCCCAUUUCUGAUCACUUUUUUCACCCUGAAUGAAGCUAAUAGUCAAAUAGUGUUUCUGGAUAUGGCAAGAGCAGCUUUCUUCAUCAUUUUUCUGGUUCUCCAAUUACUCCAUUUGGGACGCUGCCGGUCUGUUAGAGACUCUAAUGUGCUCAUUUCCGAUGGCUUAGAUGACAAGUUGAUCAGCCAGUAUUCUUCACUCCUACAAGUAGUGGAUGAUCUUAAGGCAGAUACAGUGACUUGCGAACCCAUUUAUGGAUUCUUGCCUUGUGCAACUUCAUUCUGGGGGCUGGCUUUCAUGGUAAUUGUCUACGAGAUCUUGCUCUACCUUGCAAAUAGCUUCAUUACCAGUGGAUCCGAACUCUUCUUUCAAAUGUAUGGGACAGGAUUAUUUGGUGCUAGUGUCUUCCACUUGCUUGGCACAGUACCACAAGUCGGAAUUGUUCUUGUGACUGGAGUUACAGGAACUGCAGAAACUGCAGAAGCAAUGGCUACAAUGAACAUUGGCAUGGUUGCAGGGUCAGCAAUCAUGCUUCUUACACUAGUUUGGGGGUCUGUUGUUGCAUUUGGCAGCUAUGACAUCUCUGACUCUCCAACUUCUUCAAAUCGAGGACAUAAGAACCGCUUUAGUAUCACCGGUUAUGGUGUAACAACUGAUGCUGAAACCCGCUCUACUGCAAGAAUUAUGAUGGUGUCAUUGAUCCCCUUUCUCAUUCUUCAAGUGGCUAAAGUCCUUUCCUCAACCUCAGGGAUUCGUAUCGUGAUCUUAGUUUCUCUACUUGUUUCAUUUGCAUUUCUUGUCACUUACUGCAUCUACCAGGUCUUUCAACCAUGGAUUCAGAACAGAAGGCUUGAAUUUCUGAUGAGUAAAUAUGUACAGAAAACCUUGUUACCAAGUUUUCUCACUGCAAGCGGAGACCCUAAUGUAUCAAAUAUACAGGAGGUGUUUACUAGAAUCGACCAGAAUCAUAAUACAUAUAUAUCAGCAUAUGAACUGAGGGCAUUGGUCCUAGGAAUACAAAUAGGAGAAGUAGGUUUGGAUAGUGAUUAUGUAGAUAAGGCAAUGGAGGACUUUGACAUAUCUGGUGAUUCUCAAAUAUCUGAGCAAGAGUUUGUUGAUGGAAUCUCAAAAUGGGUUAAUGCAACGCCCUCUGCCAAUGGUCAAGGUCAAGGACAUAGAAGGUUUUUAAGCAGCAAAACUGAGGAAGCUUUGGGAGGGAAGCAGAAGCAGGUCUCUAAGAAAAAGAAGAGUAAGCUUACUGAUAAAACUUGGACGAAUCAACUUAAGGCUGCUUGUCUAUUGAUCCUCGGCAUUGGCAUUAUGAUCUUGCUUGCAACACCCCUCAUGGAGACUAUCCAAGACUUCUCUACUGCUGCAAGCAUCCCUUCAUUCUUUACCUCUUAUGUUUUGAUACCCUUGGCUAUCAACUAUGGACAGGCAUUGCAACUAAUAACUUCUGCUCAAGAUAAGACAGAGAAUGCCGUAUCUUUAUCACUUUCAGAGAUUUAUAAUGGCGUAUUCAUGAACAACGUUAUGGGAUUGACCAUCUUCUUGGCACUUGUUUACAUACGUAAUUUAUCAUGGGAUGUCUGUGCAGCAGUCUUGGCUGUUCUCAUCAUUUGUUCAGUAAUGGGUCUUUAUACCAGCUUCAGCACAAAGUUUCCGUUUUGGACAUGUAUUUUAGCAUACAUCAUGUACCCCAUAUCAUUGCUGAUGAUUUAUGUCCUUACCAGUUAUCUUGGAUGGACUUAAAGUCAGAAGCUACAGUGUAGUAACAUGUUAGAUUUUAGUCUGUAAUUUGUUGAAGUAAUUCCACUGGCCGGACUUGUAAUUCUGAUAGAUAAUAAAACAUAGUGAAAUCAAAUUCC